CAGGAAAUUUAACCCAUGCGAAAAAUUAAGCCACUUAAGGUACUUAUUGAACAGUGCUUUCUCUACCUUAGUUACAAACCUGACAUUGAUUUUUUUAGACCAUAAUCAAUCUUACAUAAUAUGCGGUGGUCACUUGAGGAAAUAAGCAAAGGUGUAGUGUCUGGGGUAUUGCCUGAAAAAUUGGAAAACUGCGAUGUUGUUGUGCAGCAUGUAGUACAUAAAAUGGGUUGUCGUAUAAGAAAAAAAAUAGUAUCAGAACUUGGGAGUGUUGACGCUGUUGUGGAGAGCAGAAGCAACAAUAGAUCUCGAUACAUUGUGAUGUGUCCUGUCAGUGGUUGUGACUAUCAAGGGCAACACGUUGAUAGCCAUCUGGUGUCGUUACAUCAAUGGACAAGAUACCAUGGACGAUUUUUCAAAUCUCGUCAAAUUCGGAUGUUCAAUUUCAUAAUGAAACUUUCCCAUCACGGUCAGCAUAAGCCAUUACCAUGUUCUUUAUGCGGACGUUAUCUCGACCGUUUGGACACCCAUUUAAAAAAGACACAUGGAAUAGCUACCAAAAAGGUUCCUGUAAACAUGCAGAAGGCACGGAAACUCGCGUUGAAACACGCAAAAUCCAAGUCAAAACAAUUUGAUCCUACGUAGCGACAAUAAUUUCGAGUUCAAAUGAAGUAACAAGACGUUUUUUUCAAGAUUAAAGUGAAUUGGGUAAAAAAAAAAAAAAAGGAGUUGAAGCGCCCGUUAACUUGUUGUUUUUCCUUUUCCUGCACAAUAUAAUUGCUACACGUUUUUUGUUUUUCUUUUAUAAGCAUCACCUUUAGGUUCAGAACAUUGAAAAAAUAAACAAUUUUUAAGCAUAACAUCGAAGCUCAACUUUUGAGAUAAACUCUAUCAAUGAAAACUCACAAUGCUCAGGUUCCUGCAGAUUUGACAAAAUAUACCAAUGUAAGUAUCAUUUGAGCCUCGUAUUCGAUUUCAUAAAUAUGUUGAUAAUAACAUGUCAAUGGUAUUCGUGUCAACUUAUCACUUUACAUCUCAAAUAAAGUUUACUAUGAAGAGCAUAGAUGUUGUAUUAUGUAUUCGAACCUAACUAAAGAAAAUAGGGACACGACAAACGUUUUGCUUGGUGGUAUGUAGCCAUCUGACACAAUCAACUCGAUAUCGUACGAAGAUUUUCAGCAGCCUAGUUUGAUGAGUGCAACUUUCAAAACUCUGAAAGGCACAGAGCCAAUUAAUUUUAAUUAGUUUCAAUCCGUGUAUAGAAUCGAUAAAUUGAAUCGUAAACUAUUAUACCUAUUAGCGCAUAGUAAGUGUGAUCCCCGUCGAUAAACAGUUCCACGCGAUGGUAAAAACAUAGUUGCGUGCAUCUCUGCUAGGUACAACAUGUUGUGUGGUGGUAUAUAGCCAACCGAGACACUUAGUUUGAUGAGUGCACCUUCCAAAAUUCUGAAGGGCACUAAGCCAAUUGAUUCUUAUUAAUUUCGACCCGUGUAUAGAAUUGAUAAAUUGAAUCGUAAACUAUUAUACCUAUUAGCGCAUAGUAAGUGUAACCCGCGUCGAUAAACAGUUCCACGCAAUGGUAAAAAUAUAGUUGCGUGCAUCUCUGCUAGGUACAACAUGUUGUGUGGUGGUAUAUAGCCAACCGAGACACUUAGUUUGAUGAGUGCACCUUCCAAAAUUCUGAAGGGCACUAAGCCAAUUGAUUGUUAUUAAUUUCGACCCGUGUAUAGAAUUGAUAAAUUGAAUCGUAAACUAUUGUACUUAUCAGCGCAUAGUAAGUGUGAUCCCCGUCGAUAAACAGUUCCACGCAAUGGUAAAAAUAUAGUUGCGUGCAUUUCUGCUAGGUACAACAUGUUGUGUGGUGGUAUAUAGCCAACCGAGACACUAUAGUAUGAACCAGUACUUCUGUACUUUAGCAAGUGAACACUAAGACCAUUAAUAGCAAA